GUGCUGGUAUCUGUUCAGUGCGUGUGUGCGCGACUGCGAGCUACGGCUGCUGCUUGUCACUCAUUGUGCCGCGGCGCGCGAGCGACUAGGACCAAAAUAAGAGAAGAAACACCAAAUCCACCUUCUGCUGCAGUUCUUUCCUCUGGAAAAAGGCUGAUAUCGGUUUCCUCCAGAAGAAGCUUGCUGUGAAAAAAAAAAAAAAAACAGAAAAAGUGCUCUUCAAGGAGAAUAUCUGUGGCACGUUACAAUGCUUCAAAUAAGGGACAUCAUGUGGGGAUUGCUGCUGAUCGGCUGCGCAGCUGCAGUUCAGGUGCAAAUCACUCCAACAUAUGGGGAAAUCAGCGUAGGAGAGUCCAAGUUUUUCCUUUGUGAAGUGGUGGGAGAAGCUAAAGACAUAGACUGGUACGCUCCCAGUGGUGAAAAAAUCCUUCCAACCAGGCCGAACAUUUCAGUGAGCCGCAGCGACGAAACGACGUCCAUUCUAACCAUUUACCACGCCAACAUAGACAAUGCUGGCAUCUACAAAUGCGUGGCAAGAGACGGGGACAAGGAGGCUCAAUCCACGGUUCAAGUGACGAUCUUUCAAAAGAUCACUUUCCAGAAAGCACCCAGUUCGCAGGAAUUCAACGAGGGGGACAAUGCUGACAUAGUGUGCGAUGUCGUCAGUUCUCCACCGCCAACCAUUUUUUGGAAGCACAAGGGCUCCAGAAUCCAAGCGUCCAAAGAUGUUCGAUACAAGAUCAUGGAGAAUGGCCAUCUGCAGAUCCGUGGCAUUAAGAAGACUGAUGAGGGCACGUACACGUGUGAGGCUCGUGUCAUGGCCAGGGGAGAAAUUGACUUCCGAACAAUAAAGGUCGUCAUUAAUGUGCUGCCCACCAUCCGAGCCAGAAAGUCUGAGGUCAACACUACGGCUGACRUUGGUGGAUUUGCUUUAUUGGCCUGUGAUGCUGAUGGCUUCCCUGAACCCACGGUUUCCUGGAAACGUAACGACGUUGUCCUUGAAGCGGGUGACAAAUACAACUUGAACGCGGAUGGUUCUGAAUUGAUAAUAAAGGAUGUCAAGAAGGUGGAUGAAGGAGAUUACACUUGCAUCGCCAAGAACAAGGCAGGAGAGAAAACAGAGGAAGUCAGCCUGAACGUGUUCAUGAUACCCAAUAUUACCUACUUGAACAACCAGACUGCCUUAGARUUUGACGAGGAGGUCACCCUGACCUGCGAGGCCUCAGGUGACCCCACACCUACCAUUUCCUGGAAGUUUGGAAACAGGAUUUUCACAGAAGGAGAGCAGGCUUCAUGGACGCGACCAGACAAAUAUGAGAGCCUUGAUAAGAAUGUUGUGGUGCACAGCCACGCACGGGUGUCCUCCCUCACCUUAAAAAGUGUCCAGUUCACGUACGCCGGCCGUUAUCUCUGCACUGCCCGCAAUUCUAUUGGGGAAGACAACCAGCAAAUGUACCUGGAAGUUCGCUAUUCUCCAAAAAUCUCGGGUUUAGUGGCGAGAUACACGUGGGAAGGAAAUCCAGCCAACAUCAGCUGUGAGGUUGACGCUCAUCCUGGAGCCUCUGUGGUUUGGUUCAGAGAUGGCAUCCAGCUGCCAAGUCCCAACUCAACCAGCAUCAAGAUCUACAAUACACCAACCACCAGCUACCUGGAGAUUACACCAGAAUCACAAAAUGACUUUGGGAGCUACAACUGUACAGCAGCCAAUAUGAUGGGCGCUGAAUCCAAAGAGUUUCUUCUCAUUCAAGCAGAGGUUCCAUCAUCACCAGAAAUACUAAAAGUGGAACCCUUCUCAAGCACAGCAGUUGUAGAGUAUGAGGAGCCUUACUCCAGGGGGGGCGUGCCCAUCAUGAAGUACAAAGUGGAAUGGCGUUCAAUUGGGAAGGARUGGACCAGUAAGGAGUAUAAUACUGUGGAUGACACCAGGUUAACCAUCACCGGACUGAAACCGGAGACGGCGUACGAGGUCAAGAUGUCCGCCAUCAACGGGAAGGGCGAAGGCGAGAGCAGCCUCGCAAGUCCUUUCAAGACCAAGCCAGUCCAAUAUUCUCUCACAAUUGAAUCUGCGAUAUCACCCACUAUCGCUGCCACCAGCAUGACCAGUAAAGGGGAACCAAACGCCCCCAAACUAGAGACCGUGACUGGAAAAGAAGGCAAUUCCUUUAAGGUCAAAUGGAUCAAGCAGGACGAUGGUGGUUCUCCCAUUAAACACUAUCUGCUCAGAUACAAAGCUAAGCACGUAUCGGUCUGGAAACCAGAGCUCCGCCUCCCCCCUGCCAGUGAGUACGCCCUGCUGUCUGGUCUGGAUUGGAACACGGAUUAUGAGGUCCACGUGGUGGCAGAGAACCAGCAGGGCAAAUCUGAGCCUUCCAUCACUUUCUUCAGGACAGCUGUAGAGCCCACCACCAUCCCAGAUGUGGUGGAAGGUGGCUCAGGGCUGGGCACCGGAGCCAUUGUAGGCAUCCUGGUUGUUGUCUUCUUCGUGCUGUUGGUCGCCGUGGACGUCACUUGCUUUUUCCUCAACAAGUGUGGCCUCCUCAUGUGCAUCGCCGUCAACUUCUGUGGGAAAGCUGGACCAGGGGCCAAGAGCAAGGUCAUUGAGGAGGGAGAGGCAGCGUUCACGAAAGAUGAGUCUAAGGAGCCGAUUGUUGAAGUGAGAACAGAGGAGGAAAACACUCCAAACCAAGGAGGAGGAAGUCCCACUGAGCCCAAUGAGACCACUCCACUGACGGAGCCAGAACCUGCUGCCGUAGAAACCCCGCACACUGUGGGAAACUUACUCCCCUCCACCGCUGCUAACUCGGCGCCUGAGAGUUUUAGCACGCCGAAGAGUAAUCCUGCUAAAGAGAGCCCUUCAAAUCCAGCUAAAGGUGGUCCUAUCAAAGCUUCUCCCAAAAACAGCCCUACCACCCAUUCUAGUACUCCUAAAGCUGACCCUGAACCGAACGUCGGGCCCCUGGUUGACCUUAGCGACGCUCCUAAAGUUGCCCCUUCCUCCACUCCAACACCUCCUGUGUUAGAACCAGUCAGUUUGCCCUCUGCUAACGCUGACAGGCCACAGAACCAGUGUGACUCAGGGAAAGACUCCAACAGCAGCCAGAGUAAGGACUUACAAGCACACGGCCCGCCCAAGGACCCUCCCAGUACCCCGAGCUCAGACUCCACCACAUCCGCCCAAAAUGACGAUAAGACUGUGAAGGACGAUAAGACUAAAAGCGAGACGGAGGUGAAGAACACGACGGCCGAGGUGAAGACAGUUCCCAACGAGGCUCCUCAGGCAAACGGCAACGAGAGUAAAGUGUAAUCCCCUCGUCCCGAAAGCAGUGAGAAGUGGGAGGCGGCAGUUAGGAUUGGGGAGGGGUUUGGGUGUGGGCAUUUACAGGUUAAAAUAAAAGAAAAAAAUGGGGGGUGGUCACAGUCACUGAAAUCUCAAACCAUUUUUUUACGUUAGAGAAGCAUCUGAAGAAAAAAAAAAAAAGAUUAUCGGUCACUUUUCAGGAUUACGCCCCUCAGACGUCCUGCCCUCUAGAUUCUUUAACCAAAAUCAGUAAAACUGCUCUUCUCCCAUACAUCAAAUAAUUCACUCUGUUUUGAUAAAAGGUCAGAUCCAAACCUGUAGCAGCUUUUUUCUAGAUCAACUUGKUUGAAAAGUAGCUUUACUUCACAGAUUUAAUGCCUUCCUGAUGCACAGAAAUGUCAAACGUUACCAAUACUCCCAUUCGUUAUGCAGUAUGGYCUCCAUUGUGGUAAUGAUUUUUAUUUUGUUUUCCUUUUGUUCUUUUGUUUUGUUUAAUGAAUGUUCACUCUGCCUGUUUAGCUAUUAGCCUGUCAGUUGCUGCAAAGUUGUUGUAUUUCUGUAUAUUUCUUAGUCUCCUCAUUUCCAUCACUGUUUUUUAUAUUUCUUUUCUCCUAAUGAUUUCAGUUCUAAAAAUGGAGAAAAGCGGACAAAAAAGGAAAAUAAUACAAACUCGUUUUGUCCUUUUGAGAAUCAAUAUGCAUAAUAAAAACAAAAUAAAGUGGCGUGGCCUACAUUUAGAUAAAACUAAACRCAAGAAGAAAAAGAAAACACUUGGAAUGUGGGAACAUUUCAUUAGAAAUAUAACUUUUUUAUUGUUCAUGAAGAUGAUGGUUUGGAUGCUGACAUUUUAUUUAUUUGCUCUGGCAUGUUUGAUGUAGGAGAAUAAAUGCAUUUUAGAUUUAAAACGA